AUGUCAUCUCGGACAUUUCCUCGUCGAAAAGAAGCAGAGCAAGACGUGGCAAAACUUGCUCUUGAAGGCAUAUCUAGGAAGAUAAAGGAUGAAGGAAUUCCCCUUAAUUCAUGCAGAUACUACAUUCUGCAAGUGCUGCAGGAAGAAACAAGAAGGAAGCAGAACAGAUUGCUGCACCGUGCUGUUAUUCAAUCCAUCUUAGCUCACUCUGAUACAAGGAUUAUCAUGUCUGAAAUUGUAAAAUCCAAGGGUAAAUUGUAUGCUGCAAUACAAAAGAACAAUGACUCAGGUUUAUCACAUCUGGGAAAUGCAGCCUCGGGACAGCAGGCAAGGAAUGACUCUAGUGGCAGUACUGUGAAAAGAAAAAAAAUUCAGGCUGCCCCAGCAAAUGACGACUUAGCUGGUGUUGCAAAUCAUAAGCAAUUGCUCUUGGGGCAACGUCCUGCUGCUGCAGAGACAGAACCACUUCUUGAAGCUAAGAAACCUAUAGAAGAAUAUCCAUGCGAACAAAGUUUUGGACCAAUUGGAGGGGGCACAUCACCGCCAGUUCUUUCACAAGAUGUUCUACCUUCAGGAUUAAAGAGGAUUGUGUUCGAGUCAUCUGAUGGAUCUUAUCAUGCUGAACAAAACCAGGUAAAUGAUCUGGAUGGGCCAUCUAUGCAAUCCUAUGAUGCUCAAUACAGGUUCCUAGUAGCCAGAGAAAGCGCUCGAGGAAGAAGCAGAACAGAGGACAUCAACACAGGAAAGCACGGACUGAACAGAUCUUCAAAACUGGAUUGUAAUUGUUCGACUUGCCCACCAUUCAGGAGCAUCACUCUUUACCCAAGGAUGACAAAUCUUUCAGCAUAUUACGCAAGUCUCUUGGCUCAUUUCUGGAAGGCGCAUCCGAUGAUGAUUUUGGGCUUGAUGAAUGAGCCUUGAUCACCAGUAACUGCUCUUGGAUAUGGGGAAGCAUAAAAUUCUGUAUAUAAACCUUAUUCUCUGACACCAUCUGUCUUCUUCAACUGAAGAUUUUACCAAAUUGUUGGAUGGUGAAUUGGGAUUAAAAUUUGUCAAUGGUUCCUAGGCUCCAGAUUCUGUUUUGUUAAUAUAAGAAAGGGGUAUCUACAGUAA